CCGCCGAUCCCCAAGAUGGCGGCCCGGUUCCCAUGGUGACGCUGGCCUCCUGCCUCGGAGCCGGUUAUCUGCCGGCGCAGCCUCGGUAGGAGUUUAAAUUGGUAUUAGAACGGGAGGAAUUGUAGACGGGAAACUCAAACUCAAAUCAAAGAUCGUGCCAAGAUCUGACUGAGUCACUUGAUUCAUCAGGAUUUAAUAUUUAAAUCUGGAAGGAGAAAUGUUUGUUUGUGGGAAAAGAUUUCAAACAUCGGUGUGACUGGAAAAGCACCGACACACACACACCCAAGUGAGAGUGUUUCCAGUGAAUUGACUGAGGUAAAGGCCUUUAACCAGUUGUACGGCUUGAGAAAAAAUCGCACCAUUCACAGAGUCUGUGUGUGGACGAGCGUUCAACUGAUUGCCCAAGCUGGACAGACACCAUGGAGAAACCGUGGAAAUGUGCGGACUGCAGGAAGGGAUUUAGUUACCCCUCCCAGCUGGAAAUUCACCGUCGCAGCCACACCGGGGAGAGGCCGUUCACCUGCUCCGUGUGUGCGAAGAAAUUCAGUGAUUCAUCAACCCUGCAGACCCACCAGCGGGUUCACACCGGGGAGAGGCCGUUCAUCUGCUCUGAGUGCGGGAAGGGAUUCACUGAGUCAGCCACCCUGCGGAAGCACCGGCGGGUUCACACCGGGGAGAAGCCGUUCAUCUGCUCCGUGUGUGGGAAGCGAUUCACUCAGUCGUCCAACUUGUUGACCCACCAGCGGCUUCACACCGGGGAGAGGCCGUUCAUCUGCUCCAUGUGUGGGAAGGGGUUCACUCAGCUAUCCAGCCUGCUGAAACACCGUGGCAGCCACGCCAGUGGGAGGUCUUUUAAAUGCUCCGACUGUGGCGAUGGCUUUCAGAACUCCAAGGAACUGAUGCUCCACCAACGCGUUCACGCUCAGGAGAGACCGUACAGUUGCUCUCACUGCGCGAAGAGAUUCAGAACAUCGUUCAACCUGCUGACACACCAGCGAGUCCACACGGGCGAGCGGCCCUUCACCUGCCCCGUGUGUGGGAAGGGGUUCACUCAGUCACAACACCUACUGAGACACCAGCGCGUUCACACCGGGGAGAGGCCGUUCACCUGUUCCGUGUGUGGGAAGGGGUUCACUCAGUCGUCCAGCCUGCUGACCCACCAGCGGGUUCACAAGUGAUUCUGGGGGUUGGAUUCUGCUGCUGUUAAUCACAUCCAGGACUGAACCAGGUUCAUCCUGACAGUUGGGGUCUGUUUCUGCUCAUGGUAAUAAUCCUUGUAACUGGGCCGGAGGUUAAUAUUCUGGAUAUGUGAAAUAAAUCAG